AUGAUUUCCACAUCAGUCGCAAUUGUUCUUGAAGAUUGUACAAUCAAUGGUCAAUCAAAUAAUUCUAUCAAUACUUAUAAUUCAAAUGAAUCAACUUCAUUAUCAUGUAAUGCAAUAGUAAAUAGUUAUUGUUCAAAUUCCGAUUUAGCUGACGUUUGUGAAGCUGAUCAUGAGCAAGAAAACAACAAAAAUGAUUUCAACUUGAACAGUAAAAACAAAUCAUUUAAACGUUCGCAUAAUAAAUCUAAUUCAACUUCAACAAAAAAUGUUUUGUCUGAUAAAACAAAUGAAACAGGAUCGACACACUCGUCUAGUGUGUGGCAAUAUGCAAUACGUAUUAAUAACUCAAAUUAUGCUACAUGUUGUUUGUGUACAGAUGGUAAAAGAAUCUCGACGAAUAAUGGAUCCACAUCAACUUUACUAUUUCGUGUAACGUGCGAUGGUGCUCCAAAUAUGGUGCGUGCAAUUGAUGAUUUAGAUUUAAAUUUAAAGCGUGUGUGUGAAAAACAAGAAGGUGAAGAAAGUACAAUGGUUGAAGAAAAAGAUAUAAAUAAUGAAGUAAAUAUUGAAGAAGAAAUGACAAACAUUGAUGAAUCUCAAAAUAAUAAUGAAAUGGAUAUUAAUAAUGAUUCAGAAUUGGCUUACAGUGAAUCAACGAUUGUCGAUCAAUGA